AUGUCUCAGGCUUGGGAACCUCAAACACAUCCAAAACCUAAAAUAUUUCCAGAACUUAAUGAAUUUCUAAACCUUUUUUUUGUGGAGUUAAAGACAACUUUUCUUAAAUUUUGUUUAUUUGGUGCAUAUUUUAUAGGAACGAUAGUGUAUUUAACACCAAAUUCACCGGGUUUAGAACCCGAAGAAGAUGAAGAUAAUGAAGAGGGCCAUGAGUCCUAUCCAGUUAAGGCGUUAAUUGAUUCAUCAUUAGUAAAAGCUUAG